CGCCCCGCCCCGCCCGCUCCGGGGUCCUCGAGCGCUCGGGCUGCGCGCGGAGCGGGCUCGGGAGGGAAGUCCCGAGACAAAGGGAACGCAGACGCCGCCGCCGCCGCCGCCGCCGCCUAGUACGCCUCGCUCGCCGGGCCGGGCCGCCCGAGGGACGCGAACAUGUCGGGGAUUGCCCUCAGCAGACUUGCCCAGGAGAGGAAAGCUUGGAGAAAAGACCACCCGUUUGGUUUCGUGGCCGUCCCAACAAAGAACCCUGACGGCACAAUGAACCUCAUGAAUUGGGAGUGCGCCAUUCCUGGGAAGAAGGGGACCCCAUGGGAAGGAGGCUUGUUUAAACUACGGAUGCUGUUCAAAGACGAUUACCCAUCCUCACCACCAAAAUGCAAGUUUGAACCGCCGCUGUUCCACCCAAACGUGUACCCCUCAGGCACAGUGUGCCUGUCCAUCCUGGAGGAGGACAAGGACUGGCGGCCAGCCAUCACCAUCAAGCAGAUCUUAUUAGGAAUACAGGAACUUCUAAACGAACCAAAUAUCCAAGACCCAGCUCAAGCAGAGGCCUACACGAUCUACUGCCAAAACAGAGUGGAAUACGAGAAAAGGGUUCGAGCACAAGCCAAGAAGUUUGCUCCCUCAUAAGCAGCGACCUGUGGCAUCAUAAAAGGAAGGGAUUGGUUUGGCAAGAACUUGUUUACAACAUUUUUGCAAAUCUAACGUUGCUCUACAGUUACUGGUCACCUGGGGAGGGUGGGCGGGCGCCAUUUUCCAUUUCCGCCACUGGUACAGUCUCGGCUCGCUGAAUCGCCCAGUUUUUCAUACAGGGUCUCUUCCUUCAGUCUUUUGUAUUUUUGAUUGUUAUGUAAAACUUGCUUUUAUUUUAAUAUUGAUGUCAGUAUUUCAACUGCUGUAAAAUUAUAAACUUUUAUACUUGGAUGAGUCCCGAGGAGCGCGUUCCCUUCGCUCGCGGACGCAGGCAUGCUCCACGCCGCCCAGAGCUGCACUUAGCCUCCCGCUGGUCGCACGACGCCGGAAAGCAGAGCCGCCCGCCCCCAGAGCCCCAGAGCCCCAGAGCCCCAGCCAGCCAGCGUCGCGUUUCCGCAUCACUUCCUUUGUGUUUAUAUGGCGUUUGUCUGUGUUGCUGUUUAGAGUAAAUAAACUGUUUAUAUAAAGGUU